AUGGCACCUUCAGCAAUCAACACGAACGAGGAGGGGGCGAGCAGUGCUCGAAAUAUGCCUUUGGAAGGGAUACGGGCCCCUCCAUACACCCACGCUGAACAGCUCUUCAGCCCCAGAACAACAAGAACAUACACAGAUGCUUAUACCCAUGGAUAUACAGAUGGCUAUAUCAAACGAUAUGAAAGUGAAGGAACAAGACAAAUACCGAUUGCGAUCGUGGGUAUGAGUUGUAGGCUUCCAGGUACGAUUCCAUUGCCAGCCAAUCCGAUUUCUUCCCCUCACACUUAGCUCUUCUUAGGCAAUGUAACAACCCCCGACGAAUUCUGGGAAUUAUGCUCAAGAGCGCGAACGGGAUGGUCAGAGGUUCCAAAGGAGAGAUUUGAACAUGCGAGCUUUUACCACCCAAAUCCGGGGAAGAGAGGUUGUUUUAAUGCGGCUGGGGGUAACUUUUUGAAAGAGGAUUUGGGGCUCUUCGACGCGCCUUUUUUCAGUCUCACCCCGCAAGAGGCUACGUCCAUGGACCCCCAGCAACGCCUCCUCCUCGAGUGUACAUUUGAAGCACUCGAAAGUGCAGGUAUACCUAAACAUGAGAUUGUGGGGAAAGAAGUUGGAGUUUUCGUUGGUGGCUCGUUUUCAGAAUAUGAAUCACAAGCUUUCGCAGAUUCGGACAGCAUCCCGAUGUAUCAAGCCAGUGGUAGGGGACUUUAUCAUUAUCCUGUUUUUUUCUUGGACUAA